AUGGGGUACGGAUACGUGCCUACCCAGCUCUAUCCUUACAAGGAGGGGAAUCGAGAGAGUAUCCCCGCCUGGCCUUGCUGCUUCGACGCCCUGAAAAGCUCGCAGGUCACGACAUUUGGGGCAGGUCAAGAAAGCUCACAAGUGACAAGGCAGAAAUGGAAACCUAGGAUGCCUUGUCUCGCAAAGGGAAUCGGUCCUCAAAUUGUCUCAACCACCGCAAGGAUUGAGCCAGUCUGGAGGGAAUCCGUGCAAUGUGAUAGGGUUUUGGGGCCUGGUGCUGGCAUGGCCUUGUUAAUGUCUCGAUGUUCGGCCACUGGCCCAAUGACCAGGCUCCGCCAGGGACCUUCAUCCAUCGGACAUGGGGCGGCGGCCAGAAAAAGUUGCCAUGGCAAGGGAAAUACAGUGAUGCCACGCCAUACGCAGUAG